AUGCUCAAAGACAACAGCAGCAGCCAAUUACAUCAUCACGGUGGCGGCCCGAUUAAUACGAGCAAUUUAGUUGGAAGAACUUCUAACCAUCAACAAGAAAAUUUAAAACCAUGUUACUAUACAUUCUUUUCUGAUGAUGGUAAUUCUCCUCUCCAAAAUUUAGCAGCUACUUCAAAACAGUCUAAAUUUUCUUCUCCGAACUUGGGUGGUUCUUCGUCCAUUCCACAUUUUAUUAGCAAACAAGAAAAGGAUAGAUUGAAACUAAACUCGAAAAAGACUGUUAGUUUGGCAUUUAUCGGAAUGGGAAAUGAAAAUGCAAUGGAAAUUACAAACCAAAUACUUAGAAAAGCAAUCUUCUCUGACAAACGAAAAGAUAGUUUGGGAACAAGUCAUCAUCAGCAAUCUGGCUCUGAAGGAUCAAGUUCUUUUCCACAGGAUCAUCCCAAAAAGCAUCAUCAAAUUUCGAUCGAUUCAUAUCAUGAUGUCGACCAAGAACGAGUUUAUUUAUUUGCCGACCUCAUGCAAAAAUCGGAACACUGUAAAACAUUUGUAGAACAGUUUCUUCCGAGCAAAAUUUCACAUGCAAGUCAAACCAAUAAUGGUUAUCAAAAUAUUUUGCAACCAAAUACCAAUCAUGCUUAUGACUUGGAACAUUAUGUGGACUAUGAACGUGUACUUCAAACUUUAUUAUUUUUAUUUCAAACUUGUCACAUGAUAUUCUUUAUCCUUCCAACAUCACAGGUGAAUGGCAGCGUUUGUUCUAACCUUCACCAAAACCUUCUAUCUCUAUUUAGAACUUUGCAGAUCAGUAAGCAACAUAUUAACUCUAAGAUUUUGGACAUCCAUCAAGAGAAGGCGGCCUCCAGCGAGAAUCCGACAAUGAACAUGAUUACUACAAUACUUGGAAGUGGUGUCAUGUCCUCUUUGUACAGUCCUGGAAGAGUGUUGCCAGUUAUUUCGUUCAUAUUUGUCCAAGAAAAAAGUCAAUGGGACAAAAUGAUUUUGGAAUACCAGAACAGAAAAGAAAAUACCUUCGAGGACGUUGGAGAAUAUAUGAUUAAUAGAAUGCAAACCAGUAUUGAAAACCAAGUUAGAAAUCAUAUCUUAAAAAAAGGAAAGUUUUCUGGUACUGACGUGAUCAAAACUCCGCUAUUCAUGCUUGAUCCUCAGACAUGCACAUUUGUAAUUGUCAACAAAGAAGCUUCUGAAUCCUCUAGCUUUAGUACUAAGGUGUCAUUGGAUCAGGCAAGAAAGGCUCUAUUUUCAUUGAGUGAGCUUUCAGAAAUCGAAACAAAAAAGACCAACAAACCUGCAUCUAACAAAUCCAAGAAGCAACAGGAUUCUCAAUCUGAAAGUUAUGUUGGAGUCAGCAAAGUUGUCAACUUUAUUCAAAAACAAAUUGACUAUUUCAUCAAACAAAUGCAAGCAGGAAAACGAUUUAUUUUGCCAACAUCGUUGAACUGGUAUCAAGCUACAUUUGCCUUUGAAGAAUUAUUUUCACUGAACAAUGACGAUUUGCAGAAAGUGUUGGUGGAGAAAACCAAGGAUAUUAUUCAUCCUAACUUUUUCUUCUCUGAUAAGCGUUGUUCUCAUGCACUGAAGCUAGCUACUGAUAAUUUUGCUCAGAAAUUACCCACGACCCAAACUAGUAACGCAAAAAUUCUUGAACUUGUUAAUGAUUCUAUUACCAAGUACAAUACCUUUGCAUGUGGCUAUUUCACUCAACAUUAUUAUCAACAACUACAAACAUUCCUUCAGUCUAACACUCCAAAAGCCAUUACGACUCAACAGUCCAAUCUUAUUCCAUAUCAAUUUUAUCCAAAUUGCCCUGUUUCACAAAUGACAGUGCAGAAAAUUGGAGAUUUUGGAUCUAUGAGCGGUAGAAAUGGGGCCUUUAGACGUGGAAAUCAGAUUAUUAACUUUAUCCAGGUUCACACCAUGCUUUCAAGAGACAGGUACAAAAGAAAAAAAAAGAAAUUGGCUCAGGACCAAGAUAGCGAAGGCAAUGACACAUUUUUAGUAGCGUUCGAAUAUGAAACACCAAGAAAAGAUUAUGUAUUGUCAUUGGAUCAAUUAUGUCAGCUAUACAAGCAAACAUAUCCACAAGAAGCUGCCAGUGCAUUAGAAAUGAUUCAAAAAACAAAUAUUCCUCUAUUUUUACCUUCAAAUUGGUUCUUGACUGAAAAGAAGAGCUCUAUUGCAAGACUUAAGCAAAUUACACUCGGAAUUCCUGACGUGGAUUUAACAAGCACUUUCACUUUCUCACCAAAAAUUUUUGUCACACCAAAGCCACAAGAUUCCACACCAGGAACAAGCACCGCAACUAAUCCAUCCAAUACUCAACCAAAAAUUUAUCCUCUUUAUCACGUAAAGCAAGGCAUUACUUUUGGAAGAAAUCAAUUUGUAACCAUAGUAUUGGAUUAUGACAGCUUGCAAUUGAACAACUAUGAAGAUCCAACUCAAAUUUUAUUACAAGCUGGCUCCAUUCAAAUUAAUUAA